GGCUGUAGACAGCUACCGGCUGUCGGGGUCCUUCUCUCGCUGAGCUGCUGAGGAUUAGCAGCUAACAUGCCGACUGUCGGAGUUAAAAGAGACCUUCUCUUCAAAGCUCUUGGCAAAACUUACUCCGAUGAAGAGUUUGACGAGUUAUGUUUCGAGUUUGGGUUGGAGCUGGAUGAAAUUACCUCAGAGAAGGAGAUAAUCAGCAGAGAGCAGGGAAACUCUAAAGCAUCCAGUGCUUCUGAUGUCAUUCUGUACAAGAUCGACGUACCUGCUAACCGCUACGACCUGCUGUGUCUGGAGGGACUGGCUCGUGGACUGCAGGUCUUCAAGAAUAAACUCGACGCUCCUCGCUAUAGACGUGUGAGCCCAGUCAGUGGGGACCGUCAGAGGUUGAUCAUCACUAAAGAGACUGCAGCAGUGCGACCACAUGCUGUAGCAGCAGUGCUGAGGAACAUCACUUUCACUCAGGAGCGCUACGACAGCUUCAUCGAGCUGCAGGAGAAACUGCAUCAGAACAUCUGCAGGAAGAGGAGCCUGGUGGCGAUUGGAACCCACGACCUGGACACCAUCUCUGGACCUUUCACGUUCACGGCCAAACGUCCUGGAGACAUCAGCUUCAGGCCUCUUAACCAGACCAAAGAGUACACGGCCACCCAGCUCAUGAGCCUGUACAAGACAGACAGUCACCUGAAACAUUAUCUUCCAAUUAUUGAAGACAAGCCUGUGUAUCCCAUCAUCUACGACAGCAACGGCGUAGUCCUGUCGAUGCCUCCUAUCAUCAAUGGGGACCAUUCAAAAAUCAGCUUACAGACGAAGAACGUCUUCAUCGAGUGCACAGCGACUGACCUGACCAAGGCAAAGAUCGUACUAGACAUGAUGGUCACCAUGUUCAGCGAGUAUUGUCUGCAGCCUUUCACGGUGGAGGAGGCUGAGGUGGUGUGUCCAGAUGGCAGGACCAUCAUCUAUCCGGAACUGGCUUACAGGAAGGAGAAGCUGUCUGCUGAGUUCAUCAACAGAAAAGUUGGCAUCAAUGAGUCGGCUGAGAGCAUAGCUCAGCUGCUGACCAGGAUGUGCCUUCUCUCACAAACUACCGGCGAUGAGCUGGAGGUGGAGAUCCCCCCCACCCGUCCAGAUGUCAUCCACGCCUGUGACAUCAUGGAGGAUGCUGCCGUCGCCUACGGCUUCAACAACAUCACACGGACGAUUCCACGAACCUACACCGUAGCCAACCAGCUCCCACUUAAUAAACUGACAGAGCUGCUGAGACAGGACCUGGCAGCCGCUGGAUUCACCGAGGCCCUCAACUUUGCUCUGUGUUCUCAAGAGGAUAUAGCAGACAAACUUGGAAAGAGGAUCUCUGAGACCGGGGCGGUUCAUAUUUCUAACCCAAAGACGGCAGAUUUCCAGGUGGCGCGCACCACACUGCUGCCAGGCCUCCUGAAAACCAUAGCUGCCAACAGGAAAAUGCCUCUGCCUCUCAAACUGUUUGAGAUAUCAGACGUGGUUCUAAAGGACCAGAAUAAAGAUGUCGGGGCGAGGAACAGUCGGCGUUUCUCUGCCGUCUACUACAACAAAACCCCCGGCUUUGAGGUGAUUCACGGCCUGCUGGACCGAACCAUGCAGCUGCUGGAGGUGAAGGCAGUCCGUGGUGGAGGAUACCACAUCCAGGCUGCAGACGAUUCCACCUUUUUCCCCGGCCGCUGCGCUGAGAUCUUUGUUUGUGGGAAGAGUGUCGGCCGCCUGGGAGUCCUGCAUCCAGACGUCAUCAGCCACUUUGAGCUGACCAUGCCCUGCUCGGCCCUGGAGAUGGACAUCGAGCCCUUCCUUGGCCACACAGCAGAAACCUUCCUCACACAUGACGUCCCCAUGCAGGAAGCCGUGCAACACCAGUUCGUAAAGUGUGUUGCAUCCCAGCAGACCCUGCUGUCCCACCCACUGUCCACAAAAACUCUGUUUGGAGACAUGAGCACGCAGGUGGGCCUUAAAGCACUCGACGACUUCCUGGCAGACAGAAGCUACAUUGAGGGCUUUGAGGCAUCCCAAGCUGACACUGCCGUGUUCGAUGCCAUCCCCUCCCCUCCCCCUCAGACCUUCUGCCACCUCCGACGCUGGUACAACCACAUCAAGUCCUUUCAGCUGGAGAGAACGCAUCUCCCAUCAGCCAAGGCUCAGUUUGUUCUCCCAGAGGCACCUCCCGCCUCAAAAAACGACACCAGCGAAGACGAAAUCGACCUCUUCGGUUCCGACGACGAUGAAGAAAGCGUCGAGGCAGCUAGAGUACGAGAGCAGCGCCUCCUAGAGUACGCUGCCAAGAAGUCCAAGAAGUCACCACUGAUCGCCAAGUCUUCCAUCCUGCUUGAUGUCAAGCCCUGGGACGACGAGACGGACAUGGCGAAGCUAGAGGAGUGUGUCCGCAGCAUCAGCAUGGAUGGCCUGCUGUGGGGGCAGUCCAAGCUGGUGCCAGUGGGCUACGGCAUCAGGAAGCUGCAGAUCGGAUGUGUUGUGGAGGAUGAUAAAGUGGGCACGGAUCUGCUGGAGGAAGCCAUCACCGCCUUUGAGGAAUAUGUUCAGUCUGUGGAUGUGGCUGCCUUUAAUAAGGUCUGACUGGGGACUUUCUGGUGCUAGCUUAAAUGCGUUUGAAACGAUGUCGCUGAAUCAGGUGUUUAGGAGAGACUUCUUUUCCUCUGAAGGGGUUUUGUACUUGUUUCAGAUGUCAAAUAAAUUACUGUUUGAA